UCUCGCUGGAGGAAAAGAAAGAUGUCUGCGGUGGUGGAGGAUCGGGGAGAGGAAGGUAUCUCGGGCUGCUUGGGUUCCUCAUUCUGCCAAAGGACCGGGUCAGCAUCCCCGUGCCCAGAUCAGCAGCAUCAGAGCAACACACUGCUCGAGCUCCCUAUUGUGGCUAUAGAGAAUAUCCUCAACUUAUUAAACUACGAUGAAAUCAGCCAACUCCGACUGGUUUGCAAGCGUAUGGACUUAGUUUGCCAACGAAUGCUCAACCAGGGCUUCUUGCGAGUGGAGAGGUACCAUAACCUGUGUCAGAAGCAGGUCAAAGCACAGCUGCCAAGGCGGGAAUCGGAGAGGAGGAAUCACUCGUUGGCACGCCAUGCUGAUAUCCUAGCUGCAGUAGAGACCAGACUCUCCCUGCUAAACAUGACAUUUAUGAAAUAUGUUGACUCCAAUCUCUGCUGUUUCAUUCCUGGAAAGGUUAUUGAUGAAAUCUACAGAGUUCUCCGAUAUGUUAACUCUACAAGAGCUCCUCAGAGGGCCCAUGAAGUUCUCCAGGAGUUACGGGACAUCUCCUCGAUGGCAAUGGAAUAUUUUGAUGAAAAGAUAGUUCCUAUUCUUAAAAAGAAACUGCCGGGGUCAGAUGUUUCUGGGCGACUCAUUGGAUCACCCCCAGUUCCAGGUCCAUCAACUACCUUGAGUUCAAUGCAACUUUUCUCAAAACAAAACCCAUCAAGACAGGAAGUGACAAAGCUGCAUCAGCAGGUCAAAGCCAAUGGAGCUGGUGUAACGGUCCUGAGACGGGAAUUGUCAGAGCUGAGGACCAAGGUACAAGAACAGCAAAAACAGCUUCAAGACCAGGACCAGAAAUUACUAGAACAGACCCAAAUUAUAGGCGAGCAGAACGUACGUCUGACAGAGUUAGAACACAAAUUGAGGGAUGUCAUGGAUAGUGCUGUAGGAUCCUCUGGAGCGGGCCCAAGGGAUGACUCUCCACGUAAAAGAAAGAAAGUGAUGGACGUGGUAGACUGUCCUAGAAAAUCCAAGCGUCUUCGAAGCAGAAAGUAAUUCUAAAAUAGAAACUGCUUAGCAAUUGUCAUGGUUUUUGGAUGGAGUAUAAGUUGCAGCCACACAGGCUCUGGAUAGUGACUUUCUCCAAUGUCAUAACACCACAUCAAAAAAGUUGAGCUCCUUUACAGAAUCCUGUAUAACCCAUUGAGGAUAAUGGGAAAUAUGUUUUUGGUUCUUUUUUUUCCCCUUCACCAGAACACGAUGCGUUUAUGGAACAGAGAAGAAGAUACACUCCAACUGUAAUCUCCAACAAAGCAGUCGUGCUGUUAUGGUGUAUUGUCAUACACAUUGAAAAACUCAGAUUUAUGUAAGCACAUUCAAUCUGGUUUUAUUUAUUUAAAAAAAAAAGACAAAUAUCCUGAUUCUUAAUAGUUCCCAAAGAGGUGGUUAAUGGGUUUUAAAGCUUCUCUUGGUCAAAUGAAUAUCCGAAGGGAAAAAAAAACUUUUUUUUUUCUUUUAAAUCCUGGCUUUAAACCAUCUAACUGCAAAUCUUUACAGACUUGUCUCCACUUUUCCCGACAUAACGUUUAUGUCCAGAGACCUGUGUGUAACCUAACUCCUCAGUGCCUGUUUCCAUGUUAAUUAAGUUAAGUAAUUGUAAUAUCAACUUUAUUGGACUGUUUUUCUGUUGAGAGUUGCAAAUUAGUUGAGUUGCACAUUAGUUCGCAUUUGCGGAAAAAAGACUAAUAUAUAUAUGGAAGUAUAGCCCAUUGCAUUCAGUUUGAAGCAGGAAUACAUCUGCAAGUGUCAAAGGAGCCACUAGUUCUGAACACUUAGACUUGAAUUAUGUAGACAACGUACAUAUAUCUGUAUAAAAAUAUAUAUAUUCAGUUCCCCCACUUGGGGUUUAAAUGCCA